AUGAUGAAGAUAGAUCUUAAUGCAGAUCCGGGGGACAUUUCCCAAACCCCCCAAGAACGAGAGUAUCGUGAUAGUUCAGAGUCUACUUGGAAAAAGUUUAUAUCCAUCACAAUGGCUCUACUGGCAAUAUUUGGAUUACUGCUUUUCUUUGGUUGGCAAACCGUUAAUGGUCAAAGCGUUCUACCAGCCGCCCAGGGACCUGGUAUUAUUGUGAAGGCGAACCGAGAUCAUGAUUUACAAACCAACAAUGAGGUUAGAAAGGCUUCAAAGAAACUUUACGAAUUGCUAGCUGACACGGAAGGUGCUUAUUACGACGCAGAUGCUAUGGUAUUGGGUUCAACGGUUUUCUCUCCACAUACUUAUUCAAGACAACCAUACGUAGCUAACGGGUAUAUUGGCUCCCGCAUACCAAAUGUCGGAUUUGGUUAUGCCGAGGAUGUUUGGAAUAUCUGGGCCAACGCAGACGAUACAGUUCCGGGAGCAUUGGAAAACGGCUGGCCGCUGAGAAACCGUAGAUUUGCAGGCGCAUUUGUUUCUGAUUUCUACUGUUUACAGGAAUCUCUGAACUCUACUAAUUUUCCUGAACUCGAUAAAAAUGGCUAUACCACCGUUAUUUCAUCCAUCCCACAAUGGACCCAAUUGCAGUUCAGUCUAAACAAUGAAAAAUGGUUUGACCCUCAAACCGUAGACCCUAAAGAUGUGGCCAAUUACACGCAGGAGUUAUCGAUGCAGAAUGGGAUUGUUACAACGCAGUUGGACUGGCUUGAUGGAUUAUUACAUGUGGAGACGCAGGUUUUGGCUCAUAAGAAAAUAUACACGCUGGGAAUAGUCUCGAUGAAAGUCUCAUUGAAUGUCGAUCGUUUACCGCAAGGUGAGUCGUCCGUUGAAUUGAAUUUUCGGGACGUUCUGGAUUUUAACACUUCUCAUCGGACCGUUCUUGCCGAUAAGGGCUAUGACGAAGGAAUCUACAUGGUUGUAGAACCUGAAAAUGUACCUUAUUCCAACACAUCCAUGUUUUCGAAAUGUGAAAUUGACAAUGAUGGAGUAAAAUUUAACGAGUUUGGUUCAGACGAUGAGACAGUUUCACAAAAUGCAUCUGUUAUUCUCACGAAGGAUAACCCUCAGGUCACCAUCCAUAAAUAUGUGGGUAUUUUUUCUACAGAAUACUACAACGGACCCACUCUGAAUCGUGCCAAAGAAGUAGCUGUGACGAGUUAUGGGAAUUACGACAAGUUGACUAAAGCCCAUAAUGAGGCAUGGAAAAAUAUUUACGACAAUGCAUUUAUUGAAAUCCCCUCAGAUGAAGUGCUUGAAAUGACUGCUAGAUCUUCUUUAUACCACCUUUUAGCCAAUACGAGAACUUACAACGUUUCAGCUGAGAAGGGUCUGCCAGUACCUGUUUCAGGAUUAUCUUCUGACUCUUAUGGAGGCAUGGUCUUUUGGGAUUCCGAUUUCUGGAUUCAACCUGGUAUAUUGCCGUUCUUCCCAGAUAUUGCCAAGAAUAUUAACAAUUACAGAAAUGCUACCCAUGAGCAAGCGCAAUUAAAUGCUAAACAAUAUGGGUACCCAGGUGCUCUAUAUCCAUGGACGUCAGGUCGAUACGCUAAUUGCACUUCCACGGGACCCUGUGUGGAUUACGAAUACCACAUCAAUGUCGAUGUCUGCCUGGCGUCAUUUUCCAUCUAUCUAAAUGGUGCCAAGGGAAUCGAUGAUGACUAUUUGAGAUAUACCACUUGGCCUAUGGUUCAUGAUGCAGCCGAGUUCUUCACCGCCUUUGUCAAAUAUAAUAGCACAAUUGACAGCUACGAGACGCAUAAUUUAACCGAUCCUGAUGAAUUUGCAAAUCAUGUAGAUAAUGGGGCAUUUACCAAUGCCGGUAUUAAAUUACUGUUGAAAUGGGCAACUGAUAUCGGAUACCAUUUAAAGGAACCUGUUGAUCCUCGUUGGAUGGAAAUUUCUGAAAAAAUCCAUAUCCCACAAUCGGAUUCUAACAUUACAUUGGAAUACUCUGGUAUGAACAGCAGUGUGGAAAUUAAACAAGCCGAUGUUACUCUAAUGGUUUACCCAUUGGCAUUUAUUACUGAUGAAUCCAUUUUAAACAAUGCCAUUAAGGAUGUAUACUAUUACUCCGAGCACCAAUCAUCCACAGGUCCUGCAAUGACAUAUCCUGUCUUCGUCGCGGCAGCCGCGGGCAUAUUAAACCAUGGAUCAUCGUCUCAAAGUUAUCUUUACAAGUCUUUGCUACCUUAUUUGAGAGCACCUUUUGCUCAAUUCAGCGAGCAGUCAGACGAUAAUUUCUUGACGAACGGUAAGACUCAACCGGCAUUUCCAUUUUUAACCGCCAAUGGUGGAUUUUUGCAGAGCAUUUUGUUUGGAUUGACAGGUCUUAGGUAUUCAUACGAAGUGGAACCAGGCUCUAAAAAAAUCCAAAGAAUACUGAAGUUCAACCCUAUCGAAUUACCGCUUUUGCCUGGUGGAAUUGCAAUCAGAAAUUUCAAAUAUUUGGGUCAAGUGCUCGAUAUCAUUAUUGAUGACCGGAAUGGUACUAUUGUUCACAAAUCCGGUGAUCAGCCUAUUAGAAUCAAAGUUCCAGAUAGAACUUUAAUCCAUGAUCGUGAUAUUACUCCAUAUCAUGGUAAUGGAUCAGCUGGGAUGGAAAGUAUCAAAAUUGAUAACACUACCCAUGGUACCUCUGCCCACUACUAUACUAUAAAUCCUGGUGAAGAACUGAUCCUACCGCUUUUCCAUAUGGAUCAGAACGUGGAAGGCAAUUUGGUUGAAAGUAAACAAAUUACCAAUCUGACGGCAGGUGUUCCAGGUGAUGUAUCCAUUUCAACUCUUGAUGGGAACAAUUAUACACAUUGGCAACCUGCAGUUAAAUCAUUACCCGGUAAACUCCUUAUUGAUCUAGGUGCUAACAAUUCCCAAGUGAUCAAUAAAGGUAUGAUACUAUGGGGUCAAAGACCUGCCAAAAACUUUACCAUUUCUAUUUUGCCUCAUACUGAUGUCAUCGGACAGAUUCUAUCAGACUUGACAACUAUUUUGGAAAACGCUAACGUUGGUGACGAAAGCGUAUUGGAGGCACUGGAAGAUAUCGGCGGCUCAAGCCCGUUGUUGUCACAUACCGGUGACACGGACGUUAAAGAUCUUUUAUCUUGGAAGGCAGAAGACGUGGAUGAUAUACUUUUAGGAAUUUCAGGUGAAUCUAAUGUGAUAAGAGGUAAAUUUGUCCCCAUUUUAAAGGACUACAAAGUGGAACCGAGUGAGCCAUAUUUUGAAGAAAUUUACUCAAAAUCAAUUAUUGAGAUUCUACCCAGUAAUAAGACAGAAUUUGCCAUUGACUAUGAAAAAGUCCAGCACAAUAGCACUAGUUGUUCUCACAAGGAUCCUUCGGAUAACUGUACGGAUUGGACAAAGACAAGAUUUAUUAUGGUGAGUAUAGAGGGAAGCUACGAUGACGACGAUGAUGAAAGAGGAGGCACUAUAAAAGAAAUCGUUUUAAUGAAUUAA